AUGCUAUCAAGACCAGUCUGGCAUACCGCUGGACGGCGCUUGCCACUGCCGGAAUUGUCAAGAACCACACACUCGAUUUUGUAUGCUCGCAACAGACCGGCCAGUCUACUAAACCAGAGAUUAUGGACUGUUCCAGGCCGCUAUGCAACAACGUCAACCACAUUGCAAGCUGGCGAGGAUCAAACAGGCCAUAUCAGUGCUGCACCUAAUGAGGGGCUCCUUUUCUUCAACAAUGUCUUCCCCAUCCAGAUUCGGAAAAUCUUAGGACUUCCAAUUCCUCGUUUGCUCGACAAGAUUAUCAGCCCCACAGGUUCAGGAACGGAUCCAAAUGUCAUCCUCGAGAGAGCGAGGGCAAAAGGCAGUCUGCCCAUCAAUGCUACCGAAGUCCUCCCACGCAUGAGAGAGGGUGGAGCGUUCGUCAAGUACACUGUCGAUGAUAGUGGUGCAGCAAGUUCGGAUUCAGAUGUUGAGAAACUGCUACAGGGGUACCUGAACGACAAUCCCGUCAAGCCUUGGUGGAGUCCAUUCCGUCGGGUAGAAGUCAGCGUCGUGAAGGGGAGGCCGUGGAUUGAAGAUCUGAUGCGUCUGCCUACACCGCGGCUGAGGGUCGAAUUCGUCCCUGCGGAGCCAGGCGCGGGGGUCAGCGAGGCGGUUGAGUUGAGCCAGGAACAGCUGUUUGAGCUCUUCAGGCCGUAUGGAAAGUUGAGUGAUAUUGUUGUGCAGCCCCCGGACUCCAAGGUGUUGCCGAAGUUUGCGUAUCUGGAUUUUGCGGGUCUGCCAAAUGCUACUAUGGCGAAGAACUGUAUGCAUGGCUAUGUCCUUACCGAAGCACUUGGAGGCGGGAAGAAGGGCACCGUCGUGAGGCUGAAGUACGAGGCGAAGAUCAAGCCGCGUUGGUUCAAGGACUGGCUCUUCAGUCAUCCAAGAAUCGUCAUUCCCGUUCUUGCUGCGAUUGUAGCUACCAUUACCGUCGCCAUCUUUGAUCCGAUCCGAACAUUCUUUGUCAAGGCACACAUCACAAGGACUCUCCACUUCGAAGACAACAAAUGGUAUAAAUGGAUCAAAGGCUACGCGACAGACAUCUUUCACCGCCGGAAACAAGAAGAUGAUGAUGGCAUGGAGGCAAUAUGGGACGAUCGCAAAGGCAACAUCGAGCAGAUCCAGACCUGGCUCAUGGAGACGGCUGAUACGUUCAUCAUCGUCCAAGGACCUCGUGGUACUGGGAAACGUGAAUUGGUGGUCGAUCAAGCACUCCAGGACGUAAAGCUCAAAGCUGUCAUUGACUGCAAACCAAUUCAGGAAGCUCGAGGUGACAGCGCGACCAUCAGCGCUGCGGCCAUGGCUGUGGGCUACAAGCCAGUGUUUUCGUGGAUGAACAGUAUCAGCGGCAUGAUCGACAUGGCUGCUCAAGGCGCGACAGGUGUCAAGACGGGUUUCUCUGAGACUCUCGAAUCUCAACUCAACAAGAUCUGGAAUACUACGACUACGGCACUUAGGCAAAUCGCGCUAGACAGCCGGGAUAAGGACGACAAGGACGCAAACUUGGGUGACGACGAGUGGCUUGAAGCGCAUCCCGAGCGCAGACCUGUAGUCAUUAUAGACAACUUCUUGCACAAGAGUCAGGAGGGUGGCAUUGUCUACGACAAGAUUGCCGACUGGGCCGCCCGCUUGACGACUACCAACGUAGCACAUGUGAUCUUCCUGACCAACGACGUCUCGUUCUCCAAAUCGCUCUCCAAGGCACUACCCGACCGUGUGUUCCGCCAAAUCUCACUUUCAGACUGCAGCCCUGACGUCGCCAAACGCUUCGUCGUCAAGCACCUCGAUGCUGACGUUGAGGAUGAACCGGCACCAAAGGAUGGCUCAGAAAAGAAGCUGCCGUCGCGACACCGUACUGAUCUUGGCGAACUGGACACUUGCAUUGAUUAUCUGGGUGGCCGACUUACGGACCUUGAGUUCCUCGCGCGACGAAUCAAAUCUGGCGAAACACCUACCAAGGCAGUGCACGAAAUGAUUGAUCAAUCAGCGUCUGAGAUUCUCAAGAUGUACAUCUUUGGCGCAGAAGACGAGGGCGGUAACCGUAACUGGAAUGCUGAGCAAGCGUGGUUCCUGAUCAAGAAACUCGCAAAAGUGGAGUCAAUACGAUACAAUGAGGUGAUGCUCGACGACACGUUGAAGAGCGGCGGUGACAACGUGCUCCGUGCUCUCGAGCAGGCGGAACUCAUCACCAUCGUCUCUGGCGCCAACGGUCGUCCAUCGACAAUAAAGCCUGGCAAGCCUGUUUACUACCCAGCGUUCAAGCGGUUGACGGAGGACAAUGUGUUGAGGAGUCGUCUGGAUCUUGCGAUUCUCACCAACCUGACGAAGAUUGAGAGCGCGACCAUCGACAAGUGCGAGAAUGAGCUGUUGCUGUUGAGUCAGUUGAGGAGCCAGCCUGCGCAGACGAUGGGACGCGUGCAGUAUCUACUGGACAAGAUGAUGGUGAGCCAGCAGAAGGUGGAGAAGUACGAGGGGGAGAUGAAGGGGCUGAAGAAGGUGCUUGGGACGGAGUAUUAG